AAGCAGCUUAAGGAGAUGCAGAAGACGCUCCAGCAGAGAAUCCAGCAGAGAGAGAAAGAUCUUCAGCAGCUGAGAGAGACUGUGGAGUCUCAUAAGCGCUCUGUACAGACAGCAGUGAAGGACAAUGAGAGGAUCUUUACUGAGCUCAUCCGCUCCAUUCAGAGAAGCCGCUCUGAGAUGAUACGACUGAUCAGAGAUCAGGAAAAGACUGCAGUGAGUCGAACUGAAGGACGACUGGAGCGACUGAAGCAGGAGAUCAAUGAUCUGAGGAGGAGAGACGCUGAGCUGGAGCAGCUUUCACACACACAGGAUCACAUCCAGUUCCUGCAGAGUUUCCAGUCUCUCUCAGCACCUCCUGAAUCUACAGACGUAAAUGAAUAG